GGUGAUGUUGCAUUAGCUCCUUGGUUGCCAUGAAGCCAGAGGCUGCUUUGCAAUACCUGGCAGGCAGAAAGGCAUGUUAAGUGGAAAAACCUCACUAAACAGCUCAAGGAUGGGCAUCGGCAGUAUUCCAAAAUUGGGAGACCCGAAAGAGCAACCCAGACCGGGGACUUUGGCCCGUCACCCAGGAGCUGCCCAAAGCCAGGCAGUCUCUGGGCCAACCUGCCCCUCGCCCGCCUGGACAGCAGCAUCCCUGCUCUGGUCGCCAUAGCAACGGCCAGGAGGAGGCAGGAUGUUGGGUGGAUCCUGCUCACAUCCGCAGAGGCCAGAGGAGGAAGAGGAGGAGACGGAGCCAAGAAGAUGAAGCAGACCCGGAAGAGGCACCUCCACGCAGGUAGGCAGCCAGCUGGCAAGAGCGAGGCCUGGCGUGAAAAGAGGAAGCCACACCAGACCUUAGCAGAUGACACGGAAGACGUCUCCCUCGACUUUGGGAAUGAAGAGGAGCUGGCCUUAAGAAAGGCAAAAGUCAGGUACCCGCUGGCCACCUUUUUCCACCUUUUCUUCCGCGUGAGUGCCAUCGUGACCUACCUCUUCUGUGACUGGUUCAGCAAAAGCUUCAUCGCCUGCUUCCUCCUCAUCCUCCUCCUCCUCUCCUUUGACUUCUGGUCUGUGAAGAAUGUCACCGGAAGGCUGCUGGUCGGUUUGCGAUGGUGGAAUCAGAUCGAUGAGGAUGGGAGAAGCCACUGGGUGUUUGAAGCAAGGAAGGGCCUCUCUACUGUGGCUCCCCCCACUGAGGUAGAAGCCCGGAUCUUCUGGCUCGGGCUGAUCAUCUGUCCCGUCAUCUGGAUCUUGUUCUUCUUCAGCACCUUGUUCUCUCUGAAGCUGAAAUGGCUGGCACUGGUGAUAACUGGCAUCUGUCUCCAGACGGCUAACCUUUACGGCUACAUCCACUGUAAACUCGGGGGAGCUCCCCAAACCAUCCACAAAGUCGCCUCACACUUCCCGGCCCAGGAGAUCUUCCAGAAGGAACGAUCAGAGGACUUUCAAAAAAACGUCCUGAAGCAUCUGGGGACCCAAAGCCAUUAAAAUGAGGAUGCCUGGGAAGUCCCCGGGGGACGGUUUCUGCGCUAAAGACCAAGUCAGGCUGCAUUUCGCUUCAGAAGGGCCAACACAGCACAUUCAGCAGCAGCUUCCUCUUGGCUUCACAUCCCACGUGACGCUUUCUAGCAUAGCAUAGCAGCCCUUUUCUGGGAAGCUGUUCUGGCCUUUCCCUCUGCUGGAGCAGGUGAAAGGCUGAUGCCGAGCUCCAAGCUCUGAUCCCAUCCCUAAGAGGAAUGCUGGCUUCUCCCCUUGCGAGGCAGGCCUGGAAACCUCUUCCUCUCCCUACUCCUUUGGGGGUGGUCCCUCGGAACCCUUAGCGGCUCCUUCGCAAUUUGACAGGAGGCCUCCAGCAAGCCUGGCAUAAAAAUUCAGCCCAGCUCCGAUUCUGUUACGCAUCAUUUCAGCAUUUGUGGGUGGCUUUCUAGGGCCCUACAGCAGGGCCUGGGUCACACAUUUCUUUCUGCCCCCGUUCACCUGCGGAGGGUGCUGGGGGCACUAACCAGUCAUCCUUCCUGCCAAUCUCUCCCUGGGGAGCAGCAAGGGGCACGAGAGGAGGGCCUCUGCCCACAGUCUUUGUCUUCUCCCUGCUUUUUGCAAGAACAUUUGAUCUGAGAAGCAGAUGAGGAAAUGAAACAGCGAUCCCUGCUUAGAACUAGACUGACACAAACAGACAGUGAGUUAUUUUUAUUUGCAUUCUUAAAAGAGCUAAUAUGGCACUACACGGCAUCUCUCGUGAAUAGGACCCUGUCGGUAUCACCCUUUUAAAACACCUGAAGAAUGAGACUAAACAAAAUUUGGGGAACUGACUUUAAAUAGUCCUCAAAUAUAAAAAGAAAGACUUACGUUUUUCUCAAUAAAAGCAACCUCUGAA